AUAAUAAUAAUAAUAAUAAUAAUAAUAAUAACAACAACAACAACACAAGUCGCAAUGUGCAUUUCACACAAUACAAGUGAAGGCUGCACUCCUGGGCACGUGUAGCCCUAAAGGUCCACUGAAUCGGACACGGUCUGCCUAUAAUGCAUGGGGAAAUAUGGCUGAGAGGACGCUGGGGCACUCCUGCCCUGCCGCUGGGGCAGCCGGUUGGCCGCUGCGUGGACCCUCGGCCUCAUCCAUCCAUCGUGGUUCCUCUUAUGCAAGAAAAGGCAACCAGUUACACAACAGCACCAUCCUAUGCACAGCUAUUCAGAAGCCAGUCCCACUGACUUCAGUGGGCUCACCCCAGCAAUAUGCUCCUUCAGUAUUUGAAAAAUACUCCACCAGCGUCCUUGUUGGCAAAAAAGAAGUCACCCUACAUUUAUAUGACACUGCAGGGCAGGAGGAUUAUGAUCGCUUACGGCCGUUGUCAUACCAGAACACCAACGUGGUUCUCAUUUGCUAUGAUGUCAUGAACCCUACCAGCUUUGAUAAUGUAUUAAUUAAGUGGUCUCAUGAGGUGAAUCAUUUCUGCCGUGGAAUCCCCAUCGUUCUUGUGGGCUGCAAAACAGACCUCCGGAAGGACAAAGAACAACUACGUAAACUCCGCUCAACUCAGCAGGAGCCAAUUACGUACAGCCAGGGCGAAGAAGCUUGUCGCCAGAUGAAAGCAGAUGCUUACCUGGAGUGUUCUGCCAAGUUUCGUGAAAACAUUGAGGCAGUUUUUAAAGAAACAGCUACCAUUGCGCUGAAUGCUAUGAAAAAGGCGAAACGUCAGGCAAAAUCAAAGCCGUGCACCAUAUUAUGAUAACCUGAUUCUGUGGACUACAGAAAGUAUCUGCUUGUUUUUCUUCAGUGGUAAGGAAGGUCUUCAUCAUUUUUUUAAAAGACCUUUUCUAUUGAAUUUUAACAGGAAAACUCAACUUUUUGUACAGUAAUUUCUGCUUUUGUUAACCCCCUCAUCUGAAGGUUUAAAUGUUUAGCUACAGAAUGAGCCCUCUUCUUUCUAGCUGUAAGCAGAAGGUCUUCUACUUGCACUUCUGGGAGGGAUGGGAAUUUAUUACUGCAAGUAAGGUAAGGUCUGCAGGACCAGAGCUUUGCCAUUUUAAAAUACUUCUUUCUUUGCUUGUAUUAUCCUUUAAAACUUGAAAUCUUCUGUGGUCUUUCAAGUGCCCGCAGUAUUUGCACAUUAAAAAUAGCUUACUGCCCUUUCCUAUAUGGUAAAGUUAAUGGCACAGUAUUCUUUCAAAGAAGUAUAGCCAUACAAGUGACAUAUUGAAAGUCCAUCAAGGGAAAGAAGAUUCCAAGAAUCAAAGGAUGUGUACGGUUGCAUACCUGAUACAUAUUAGUUCCAGUGAAAGUUUUAAGAUGCUGUAACAUUAUUAAUGCUAAGCAAGUGUGGACAGGAAACCUCAGGGAGCCCCUUUCAUCCACCCAACAUGACCCAUAAAUGUAGAUUUUUAAAAAAAGAAGUUGGAUAUUUCAUCGUAUACUGAAUAACUACCUCAAAUGAUGCCCUUAUUAAUGCAGCUUUGGGUUAAUUACAAAGCUGUUUGUAUUUGAAAACUGGAUUCUUCCAUCCACCUCCCUUUUGCUUUCAUAUUUAAAAGCUGGACUUAACUGGAUUUUAAAAUAGAAUUUUUAUGUAAAGCAACAAUUGAAAAGGGGUACCAAAUAAUUGAAUUAGUCUGAAGGUGGGAAUAAGUCUCUUUUGCAUUUACAAUUGUUGUGGAAAUCAAAGAAAAGAAUAAAACUGUAAUUGGUGUAUCA